CUUAAUGACAAUCAGUGCUCAUUUGGGAUGAUGCAAUGCAAGCGAAGGAGGAAAACACGUGACUACUGCAGAGCUUUAUUAAUUCAAAAGAGACUUUUGACCUUUAGUUAUAAAAAAGCUAGAAGGGUUUAAAAAACAAGGAAAGUUUAUUGUUAAGCAGGUCAUUUAGAAAUAAUUUUCCUCUUCGUUUCAUCCGUAGCAGAGGGGCGAAAAUUUAGUAUAAAAGCUGAAGCAAUCGCAGUGAAAAAUUAUCACAUUCACUUCUCGAUCUGGAAACUGUAAAAUCCUAUAGUGAAAGCAUCUUCUUUUUUUUGCAAUCAUGAAGAUUUAUCUCUUUGUGCUUCUCAUUGGUGCACUGUUGUUGGCGCAAGAAACAAGCGCUCGGGCAAUGGAACAUUUGAGCCCAUCAGGCCCGUUAGUUAGUGCCAAAAAUCAGCCGCCAAGCACACCUGCAAUUCAUGAUGUUCACCAACCUAAAGCUGAAUUGACCACAGAUGUCAAUGGAGUUGCAGUUCCUGUUCUUUCUCAGUUUCAAGACAAGAACGGCACGCUCAUGAGGCAAAAGCGAGACGGCUGGAAAAAAUAUUUGCAACAAGCCUCACAAGUUCUGUUGGCUUCAGCUAAGGCAUAUUCUGGCGUCAAAGGUUGAAUUCUCUGAUCGUUCACAGCUAGGAGCUAGGAGUCAUAGCUCAUAGCCUAGGACAACCAAUAAGGAAAUUUUCACUUUUUUUUUAAUUUUCCUAUUUUGGUAUAAUGAAAGCUCAUUUAGUUUGAAAACUAAUACAAUUACAUACUUUUUAUCACUUUUUAUAGACAAUUCAAAUCAUGUAUAAGAAUAACUAUAAACACUUUUUCUAUAAAAAUUCAAUACAAACUUACUUGUCAGUUGUUAUAACUAAUUUUUUUCUUCUAAUAGCUGCAGAGCUAAACUCUCUGCGAGAGUGCACUGCAUGUUAUUUGGCAAAGUUUGGCAAAUUGCGCAAAUUUUAUUCCUGCAAAUUUUGAUCAAUAGAUAAAAAUUUAAAAAGUAACAUUUGAAAUCACACCAUUAUAUCUUAAUGGGCUAAGUUUGAAAAUACACCGUUGUAAUCUGUUGUAAAACAAAUAAAUAAUAUUCUUUAAAAAUA